UCGAUGGAUGUGGCAUGGCAUCGAGCAAUUUGGAACCCAUGAAGCCGAUGAAUCUGAGGGUGGCGGCGGCUGUGUUCGGCUUGACUGCAUGCGUGGCGAGUGCGUGCACAAUGAUCGCAGUGGGCAAGCACGCGACGGUCGAUGGAUCGACUAUGGUCACCCACAACGACGACGCGGGCAGUGACACGGCCGACUUGCGCCUUGUGGUCGUGCCUGCCAAGAAGUAUCACCACCACCAUAGCGAUCGGCAGCGACCUGUGUAUCGCAUUCAAGGCGGGUACCCUCGCGUCGUGGCCCCGGAGAGAAGCCCUCAGUACGUUGCCAAAUCGGGCGAAAACGUGUCGACGCCGCUGGGGUAUAUCAAGGAAGUCGAGUCCACAUACAGCUACAUUGCGCAAGAGUAUGCAAUUGUGAACGAAGUGCAGUUGUCCAUUGGUGAAAGCACGUGCAGCGCCCGGACAACGGGAUGGCCCAAGUCCAUUCCCGGUGGCCGCGCGGUGUUUGGUAUCGGUGAACUGACAAGUGUGGCCAUGGAACGAUGCGACACCGCAAGGUGCGCGAUCAAGCUCAUGGGGUCGCUAGCGGAAGAACACGGGUUUUACAGUGAAUAUGGUGGCACCCCCGAUGCCCCAGGAUACGACUCGGAAGCCCUCGGAAUCACCGAUCGAUAUGGCGAAGUGUGGGUAUUCCACAUAUUGGCGGGAGUCGGAGGAAAGGGAGGGGCUAUUUGGGCGGCCCAGCGCGUGCCUGACAACCAUAUCGCCGUUGUGGCCAACCACUUCACCAUCGCCACGAUGAACUUGACCGAUUCGGACUGGUACCUGGCGUCACCGGACGUCAUCUCGACAGCAAUUGAUCAAGGAUGGUACACGCCAAAGAUCAACGAUUCCUACGUCGAUUUUUCCUUCAAAGCUGCGUAUGCAAAGCCGCCGACAGUGUCGCCGCUGCUGUUCGCAGAUGGCCGGACGUGGCGCAUUUACAGCACGUUUGCGGCGUCACAGAACGUGUCAGCGACGUUUGGGUACAUGGACACGUAUCCCGACUACCCGUUUUCACUGCCUGUGGACCACUUGGUGUCGAUUGAGGCCCUCACGACGCUCCUUCGUGACCAGUAUCAAGGCACACAAUAUGACUUGACCACAGGGCUGGCCGCUGGACCAUUUGACAGCCCCCUGCGGUACUCUGGCUUUACGACUGGCGUCCACGGAGCUUGGAUGAAUCCGAUCUCUGUGCACCGAACGCUGUACAGCUACGUCGUUCAGGCCAAGCUGCCGUCGCAAGUGACAACAUCGACCAACCUCGAAACAGAAUCGAGUGAGGUGGCGUUGCACACCAACCACGGUGACGACGCACUCCUUGGCAUCCUCUGGUUUGGUCAGAGUGCGCCUCAUGGCACUGUAUACCUUCCUUUUUCAUGCGCGCAAACGGCGCUCCCCGACUCAUUCCACGACCUCGCCGGUUACCAAGGCGAAUUUGCACUCGAGUCGGCCUGGUGGGCGUUCAAUUUGGUGAACAACUGGCGCGCGCUUCGAUACAACGCGAUAAGCGUCGACGUGACCAAGUUCAUUCACCAGUACCAAAACGAAGCGUUUGCCCUCGUCCAAUACCGCGAUGCGCGCGACAAAGGAUUACACCAUGGCGACCUUAAUGCCCUGCACAACGGGUUUGCGUCGCGGGUGGUUGCCGACCGAUGGAAGUUGGCGUGGAAACUCAUUUCGAAAUACAGCGAUGGCUACGUGACACCUGACAAAGAAGGAGCGAUGCAAGCACCUGGAUAUCCUGCGUGGUGGCUCAACCAAACCAACUACGUUCAAUGGGGAAAAUCGGAUCCGCAAGGCGUCGUUGUACCUCCCCACAUGCACUACGCCCAACACCACGCGGAGACGACCGACAAAAAGAUUGCGGGUGGGUUGGUUGUUCCCCUGCUCGGCGGCUUUGUGCUUGGAUACGCUGCUCAUGUGGUGUAUCAAGGCCACCGCCGAUACCAGUACCGUGCUCUUCCUUAGUUUGUAAAGCGAUAAUUCCAAGUUGUCGAGUCCUUGCAUGACAAA